GUAUUCAGACAGCUUUACCUCAGUCUCACGUGUAUCCUUCUCUCUCCAAUGCAUAAGGCGUUAGGCAGCAACCCCGAGGACAUGGAUAGACUAUAUUUUGGUGGUGGUCCCAAGGGGGAUGAGGACAGAUUCCACUACGAUUAUGACACCGUCAGGAAUGGAGGCCUGAUUUUUGCUGGCUUGGCAUUCAUCGUGGGGCUGAUCAUUAUCCUAGUUUCCAGGAGUCUUGGUGGAGUCUACCUGAUCCAGGAAGGAAUGGCGGACGGCUGUGACAAUGGCACCAUCUAGUGGCUAUGCAUUUCACGACUCGGCUUCAAUUAAGGAUACUGAGUCACUGCCGCUUCCUGUUAUGGGAAUACUUCUGUUCCUCUCUGUCUUUUAUCUGCUUUCUCUAGUCUUCCCCUGUCCUUGUCUCUCCCCAUCAAACCCCAAAGUAAACCAGGUAGUCAAAGGGAGUGAUGUAAAUGAGGUAAUAUCUGUAAGGCACUUUGUAAACCUUAAAAUGUCAGACAAAUGCUAAUUUCAUCAAUGUCAAUUCUUCUCCUCCUAGUUAUUGCCAUGAUUGUUAUUAUUGUUGUCACCAAGGUGGCCUAACUAGACGUGAGACAGAGACAAAGAAGGAAAAUCGGUUGCUGAAGUCCAGAGAGGGAAAUUGUAAAGAAAGAUGAUGAGGGGAGGGGCAGAUGGAGGUAAUUAGGAAAGAAGAGGGCUGAGGAAAGGAUGUGGGUGGGUUCCAUUAAAUGUACUUCAUCUCAGCAAA